AUGUUGGUCCCAGUGUAAGUAGCGACGAAUACUUCGACCUCUCGUCUUGACGUUAUACAGGGUGUAUCAAAAAAAGCGCAAUCCUCGACUGAAAUGUAAAUUGCUAAACAAAUAAUGGACGAAAACGUUAAAGUUUACAUUCAUUUUAAAGCGUAGCCAUUCAGCUUUCUAACAGUGGGUUGUUUCUUAAAUUUGACUCAUUGGUUCGCGGGUAAUAAUAAUUUACGUUAUUGCGAUUGGAGAUUAAAAAAAUUGAGAUGGAAUAACAAAUCGUUCUCAUGAAAAUAACUGAUUUUUCAUUAAAACAAAAAAAUGUUGCAUUUUAUUAAAUGGAUUGUAACAAUAAGUAUAAUUACGGCUUUUCUUCCACUAUUUUUAACUCAGUUUGAAACUUCAAAUGCGAUAUAAUUUUGGCUUGGACCAUCUAAGCUGACUGACAUGAACUUGCUAUAAUUUCUGUUUACAUUACAUCGCAAUUCGAUGACACUCUGGCUCAGACACCAAAAUGUUUUGACGAUUUUUAGCAUUCGUUUAGGAUUUUCAAACAACCUGGUCUCUUUUAAAAUACUUUUAAUUUGUUCUUACGUGGUUUUCCGGAUGUAGUGACGACAACAUUAAAGUUUAAAGAAGAAAAUUCUAACAUUUAAACCGACUAAACAAUAACAUAGUAAACUUGCAUAAUUAAACAGCAACUAAAAAUGAUAGGUUUUACUAAAUCUUUUCCUGUGCAAUUAUUACUAGCACUGGAGACAAGGAUAAUAGUUUGUUUGAAAGAGAAAAGAACAGGCUUUGAAGUAAGCCUAAAAGCGUUUAACUAGAAAUAGUAUUUCGAAAGUUAUUAAGCACAAAAGAUGAAUUGCGUUUAUUUUGAUACACCGGUAGCGUGGGUGGGAAAAUUUUCUGGUUUGUAUAUUACAUUCUUCCUAUACAGAGCCAUCGCGACUGUUCUUGUUCAAAGAGGUGUUUUAAAGAAAGGAUCUGUGGUAGUGGCUGGUUCAUGUUCUGGAAAGGUAGGUCAACGCUAACUUACAGUUCGAACUUGUGUGUAACACAAUUGACUCGUUGGUGUUAACUUCUUCACUGUUCAGCUGGUCUGUUCAGUUUUCACAGAAAUGUUUCUUCGGAGCCUGCUUUACCUUUCAGGGAUUUCAUUCGGUCUCUUGGUCGUUUAUUAGCAGUGUGCUAUGCACCGUUUCGUGUAAAGGCCUGGGGAGAUCUGGUUGUUGUAUUUUCAGCAUGUUGUACAGUAGGAGUCGACGGCCUCUUUGUUGUUUGAGCACAAACUAUUCCUCAGUGUUCCAGAUAAUUCGUCUAAUGACGUAUUUUACAGAUAGAUGAUUCGUCAAAACUUCGCAUUCACGUCAAGGGCGGAUUUUCAUUUUUUUUUAAAAGGAAGGGUGGAAAGCAGCACCAUUGAGAGAGCUUCGGCAGAUGUUAAACGUUAGGGUUAAACAUUUUCAUACAAAAUAGGAGGGGUGAAGCGAAGUUUUGGUGGGGUUGAACACUUUAUAACACAGGGGUUAGAGAGAUUGUAGGGGGGUUAAACCCCCUCCUAACUUCCCCAGUAAAUCCGCCCAUGAUUCGCGUUUGUAGAAUAAAGAAAUAACCUAGUAUAAAUCAGGCUCAUGUUUUUUAAAUGUGCCUAGGUUCGUCAAAUGCUGAACGACAAUGGAAAGGCUGUAAUCAGUGCUGUUCCUUCAAUGCCAGUGCAAGUGACAGGUUGGAAAGAUUUGCCUGAAGCUGGAGAAAUGUUACUGGAAGUCGAGUCUGAAGUAAGGGGAUUUAAUAUUUUUGGGGUUCGAUUCGUGGGAGGAGUGCUUCCGGUUUUAACAAAACAGUGUCAAACACCACUGGUUUUCGUCUAAACACCAUUUUGCGAAAUAUUGGAGGGGGGAAUUUGGGUUGCCAUCAUAUUUUCCAAAAUGGAUUUUUUUCACUUUUUCCCCUAAAGGAGGAUUCGGGGAAAUUGCCCCGCCCCUCUCCCCCGUUCCCAGUGUCCGCCACUGUGAUGGAGCUUUCCGGUAUAAAUAAAGUUGGUCUAACUUUUGGAACACAUCUGAAGCAAGUGAACAACAACACGAAAGUCCGAUUUUCUGAAGUGUGAUAUUCAUUGAAUUCGAUGUAUUUUUAAGUGUAUGUUUACUACUAACAUGUGUUAAAUUAAAUUGUAUUUUGACUUUUAGAACAUUGCGAAUAAAGUGGUGAACUAUCGUAAAAACAAACAACAAAAUAUGAAGACUUAUGGCCCAAGUUUGUCUGACUCGGACGAUCUACAAAUUAUGAUGAAGAACUUUACUAAAUCCUAUGAUGAUACGGAUAAGUUAGAUAUUGUUAUCAAAGGUAUAGUUUUGUGUUAAAAAAACUUCGAAAUCUUGGUAACACCGUUCUUUGCAAUUUUGCAUCUAAGGAUGAAAAGCCACAUUGUCACUGCUGAGGUGAAACUGUCCUAUUUAUAUUUAUAUCUACUUUUCCAGCUGAUGUAAACGGUUCUCUCGAAGCGAUGUUGGACGCUAUAAAAACGUAUAAAGCUGAGAAACCAAAAUUGUCGAUUGUAUCCUCUGGUGUUGGCCCAGUGACUGAGAAUGAUAUUCGAGUACUUGAACCUUUUAAAGGUAGCAUUUGGAUUUUUUGAACGUUUUAAUAUGGCUCUGUUCAUCUCAUGUCAGCGAGCGUGGUUUUAUUUCUGCCGUGCAAAGUUGUCCGAUUAUGAUCUCAACUCAAUGUCUUGUAAGAAAAGUGAUUCCAGUUUAACUCUACCUAAUAAUAUAGAUGAAAAAAUUUCUUGAUGCUGAUUGGCUAAGAGGAGUGCCAUUACAUUUGUAAUUGCACUGGAGUAGAGUGUCUGGACACGAGUCGGAAAAAUCAACAUGGCGGGAAAAUAUUGAUAUUUUAAAUUUUCAUUUUUUGCCGACUUUUGCGCAUUUUGUUUUGAAAAUUGUUGGGAAAUCUAAAAUUGAGAAUGCAACGAGCACAUAGACUGAAAAAGUUUGUUCACAAGCGACGAAGACAAUGCUUAAGUAGCGAAGGUAACUAUGCAGGAGUCAUCGAGGGGAAAUGUUUUCAUCUAUAUAUUAUUAAUAAGUAAUAGCGUGGUUUUCUCGUGCAAUUUGGAAAAGCAUAUACUCGUGAGUUUUUUAAAGCCAUCAAAUUGCACUCGUCCUUCGGACUCGUGCAAUUUUGAUAGUUUUUUAAAAAACUCACUCCUGCAUGUUUUUUCCAAAUUGCACUCGAAACCAUGCUAUUACCUAUACAAACACAAAAGGUUUUUCCGGGUAUACUCCGGUUUCCUCCUGCAGCCCCCCUAGGGAAAGCAGAUUAUAACACUAUAUCCAACAUAUAAGUAUGUAUUUUAGGUAUGCUAUUUUGUUUCAAUGUGGGCGUGUCCAAAGAUCUUCAAAAGUUAGCACAACAAUUGGAUGUCAGGAUACACACUGGAAAAGUUAUAUAUCGCUUAUUGCACACUCUCAAGGUAAUAUCCCUUGUAGAAAGUCGUGGUAAAAUAUCAGUUAAAAUUCUUCAAAGUAAUUCUGUUAGCAAACGAGUUGCAUGAGUGCUAGCAAGCGAGAGUGUGAAAAUAAGCGUAAAAAACAUGGAGUUCGCAUGGGAGUCUGUUUAAUUCUCAUCUGUCUCAAGCACGGCUCUAACCAGAAUAUAUUAUCACACGAUGUAGAACUUCAAAUUUUUUUACUAAAUUUUCAUUGUAAAUCCGAAAUGACAGAAUUUUGAUAUUGAUCUACCUUUAGGAAGAAAUGUCUGCAAAGUUACCAUUACUUCGCGAAGAUAUUCCUGUAGGUGAAGCAACGGUAUUGCAAGUAUUCCAUUUGAGUGGCAAGAGAAAAGCUUCAGUCGCCGGGUGUCGAGUGAAACAGGGACAAUUACGGAGGAAAGAAACGUAUCGAGUGUAUAGGAAUAAUCAAGUCAUAUUUGAAGGUAAAAAUCCCUGAUUUGAAAAUGUUUGAAUAGACUUAGUGAUUUAUAUAGGCGAAUACGCCCUUUGCAAAAUACUAAGGGAGUCAAAAUAGUGCAUUCCUGGAUAGCAUGGAGAGCAAUGGGAUUUUCAAACUUCCGAUCGUACAUCAUCCGGCUUACAAUAGGGAGCUUAAGCAAGAAACACGGACGUCAGAUUGCCGAGGGGGACUGGAUUAAAACUGACAAAACACAAGAUUUUUAAAGAUUUUUCCUUCCUUAAACGAGUGCUAUGAUGCCGCCAAUAUUAGUUAUACUAAUUUUCGGAUGUUGACAAAAAUGUUGCUUGCUUAAGUUCACUAAUGUAAUCUUAUUGAAGUAUUAUACUAGUUGAGCCAUUGUCAGCAUCGAAUUUGUACCACUGUCUCAAUAGACAUGUGCGUUCGAGUGUUUUCGGGUAAAAACAACCGUUAGCUAAUUUAUAUAUUUUAAACGAGCAUGCCCAUAUAUUCAAGUAAUUGCAGGAACCAAAAAUAUUUUGCUGCAGCCGAGAAAAUUUACUUGAUAAAUAAGGUUAGGGUUGAUCAAUAAGGUUAAUUAUCAAUCAAAUUUAAGACCUUCUGACCGAGGUUUGCAGUUAGCUCAAGGUUACAGUGGAUCCCAACAUAUAACGGAAGAGGUUGUUUCGCUGGCCUCAGAGUAACAAACCUAACCCUACUCUAAGUUUGUUUUUAAACUAAUCUUGAAGAAAAAGGUUUUGACGAAAUGUCAUUCUGAGGUCAGCUCCUGGUAGCAAAUUACUUAGAAGAAAUCCGCCCUUAUUUGAGUUUCAUUGGUAAAAGGAAAUUUUUCGUUCUAAAAGGUAAGCUAUCAAGCAUGAAGCGCGGCAACGAUGACACAGAUGUGGCGAAGAAAGAAACGGAGUGUGGUUUGUGUUUUGAAAACUUUUAUGAUUUCAAGGAGGGAGACAAAGUGGAAUGUUUUAGCAAGACUUUUAACAAACAAGAAGUCGAGUGGAAAUGGAAUUUUUGAAAGACAAAAUAUCCGAGCAUUCAGAGGUAUGAAUACUAUGCACUUGAUUCAAUGACAUUCAAUAUAAUCACAAAAGGUAUUGCGGUAUUAGUUAACUGAUGUUUUAUGUCCGUUUCUAUCAAUUCACAUUUUCGAUUAACUUGCGUAGUUGUAAUUAUUUAAGCGUACGAUGGAGCAAUAUAUGCUAUACGAAUGUUCUCCCAAUCCAGGUAUCUGAUUGGACAAUUUUUAAGAACUGUACAAGUUUGUUGUUUUUUUCUAAAGUCCGCGUUUUCAAUGUCCGCGAUCCUACUACUUCCAUGUCCGCG